CUUCUAACUGACAUUCACUUGUUUACAGACGCUGAAACACACUGUCAUGGCUGACAACAACCCAGGCCGGCUUUCAGUGAAGAAGAGGGGGAAGAAAGGAGAAAGCAAACCACUGGAGAAGGAGAAGGAGAAGGAGAAGGAGAAGGAGAAGGAGAGGGAGAAGGAGAAGGAGAAGGAGAAGGAGAAGGAGAAAGAGAAAGAGAAAGAGAAGGAGAAGGAGAAGGAGAAGGAGGAAGAGAAAGAGAAAAUGUUGAAGACAGGAUACCAAGUUGUGAAGACGGGAUACCAACCCCAACCAGGGGUGGUGAAGAAGAGGAGCGGUGGAACGGAGGAGCUAACAGAGGGAGCAGAAGGAGAGUUUGAAACCAUCGAGCUGCCACCAUGGGAGAUUGUUACUGGGGAGCAGAUGAGUCCGUUCUACUUUAAGUUCCAAUUCCGGAACGUUGAGUAUUCGUCUGGUCGUAAUAAGACGUUGCUGUGUUACCGCGUGGAGACUCCAGAGGGCGCCACUGAUCCGCUACAGGGAUACAUGGAGGACGAACACGCCACCGCACACGCAGAGGCGGCCUUCUUCACACAGGUCCUCCCCCUCUAUGACUCCUCCCAGGACUACGAGGUCAGGUGGUACGUAUCUUCCAGUCCCUGUGCAGCCUGCCUCACGAAGAUGGCCGAUGUCCUCAGACAGAGAAAGACGCUCCGCCUCUACCUCCUCAUGUCCCGCCUCUUCCUGUGGGAGGAGCCUGAGAUAGAGGCGGGGCUGCGGUGCCUGGCGUCACUGGGUGUGAGGAUGAGGAUGAUGAAGCCGUCUGACUUCUUGUCUGUCUGGGAGACGUUUGUAGAGAAGGAGGAGGACAUGACCUUUAACCCCUGGGAGGACUGCCAGGACAACUACCAAUACUACCAGUACAGACUCAACACCAUUCUCAAGUAAAGGUGCAGUCAAAACCAUCCCUCCUUCCUUCUCUUCCUGUUUCCAUCAUUAGGCUUAUAGCAAGUCAAGCUGGAGUAGCCAUUACAAAAACCACUGGGUUUGGUUUGUUCACAAAGUAUUUAUUGUUUCAUAACAUAAAGAGACAGAAACAUAAAGUGCAUUUAUCAGACACAAGUUUAAUUUCACACCCCCACGCCCUGACUACAACUACAUCCCCAUCUACACCCCCACACCCUGACUACAACUACAUCCCCAUCUACACCCCCACACCCUGACUACAACUACAUCCCCAUCUACACCCCCACACCCUGAC